CGGGCGCGCUCGGCGCCCCGCUCGCAUUGUUCGGGCGACUCCCGGAGCGCGCACAGCCCGCUCCAGCGCGGCGCGACAGCGGCCCGGCCGGCCCCGCCCGGCCCCGGUGCAGGCGGCUCAGAUUAAAGAAGCUGAUUGAUCAAGAAACCAAGUCCCAGGAGAAGAAGGAUCAAGAAAAAGAGAAGAAGGUCACCACCCUGAAAGAGGAGCUGACCAAAUUGAAGUCUUUUGCUUUGAUGGUGGUGGAUGAACAACAAAGACUGACGGCACAGCUCGCCCUUCAAAGACAGAAAAUCCAAGACCUGACCACAAAUGCAAAGGAAACACAUGCCAAACUAGCCCUUGCUAAAGCCAGAGUUCAGGAAGAAGAGCAGAAGGCAAACAGACUAGAGAAGGAACUGCAAACGCAGACCACAAAGUUUCACCAGGACCAAGACGCAAUUAUGGCAAAGCUCACCAAUGAGGACAGUCAAAAUCGCCAGCUUCGACAAAAGCUGGCAGCACUCAGCCGGCAAAUUGAUGAGUUGGAAGAGACAAAUAGGACUUUACGAAAAGCAGAAGAGGAGCUGCAAGAUAUAAAAGAAAAAAUCAACAAGGGAGAAUAUGGAAAUGCUGGUAUCAUGGCGGAAGUAGAAGAGCUUAGGAAACGUGUGCUAGAUAUGGAAGGGAAAGAUGAAGAGCUAAUAAAAAUGGAGGAGCAGUGCAGAGAUCUCAAUAAGAGGCUUGAAAAGGAAACAUCACAAAGUAAAGACUUUAAACUAGAGGUUGAAAAACUCAGUAAAAGAAUUAUGGCUCUGGAAAAAUUAGAAGAUGCUUUCAACAAAAGCAAACAAGAAUGCUACUCUCUGAAAUGCAAUUUAGAAAAAGAAAGGAUGACCACAAAGCAGUUGUCUCAAGAACUGGAGAGUUUAAAAGUAAGGAUCAAAGAGCUUGAAGCUAUUGAAAGUCGCCUGGAACAGACAGAAUUCACCCUAAAAGAGGAUUUAACUAAACUGAAAACAUUAACUGUGAUGCUCGUAGAUGAGCGGAAAACAAUGAGUGAAAAAUUAAAGCAAACUGAAGAUAAGUUACAAGCUGCUUCUUCUCAGCUUCAAGUGGAGCAAAAUAAAGUAACAACGGUUACUGAGAAGUUAAUUGAGGAAACUAAAAGGGCACUCAAAUCCAAAACUGAUGUGGAAGAAAAGAUGUACAGUGUAACCAAGGAGAGAGAUGAUCUAAAAAACAAAUUGAAAGCAGAGGAAGAGAAAGGAAAUGAUCUCCUGUCAAAAGUUAAUAUGUUGAAAAAUAGGCUUCAAUCAUUAGAAGCAACUGAAAAAGAUUUCCUAAAACACAAAUUAAAUCAAGACUCUGGUAAGUCCACAACAGCAUUACACCAAGAAAACAAUAAAAUUAAAGAGCUCUCUCAAGAGGUGGAAAGACUGAAACUGAAGCUAAAGGAUAUGAAAGCCAUCGAGGAUGACCUCAUGAAAACAGAAGAUGAGUAUGAGACUCUAGAACGAAGGUAUGCUAAUGAACGAGACAAAGCUCAAUUUUUAUCUGAAGAGCUAGAACAAGUUAAAAUGGAACUUGCUAAAUACAAGUUGGCAGAAAAGACAGAGUCCAGCCAUGAACAAUGGCUUUUCAAAAGGCUUCAAGAAGAAGAAGCUAAGUCAGGGCACCUCUCAAGAGAAGUGGAUGCAUUAAAAGAGAAAAUUCAUGAAUACAUGGCAACGGAAGACCUAAUAUGUCACCUCCAGGGAGAUCACUCAGUUCUGCAAAAGAAACUUAAUCAACAGGAAAACAGGAACAGAGAUUUAGGAAGAGAGAUUGAAAACCUCACUAAAGAGUUAGAGAGGUACCGGCAUUUUAGUAAGAGCCUCCGGCCUAAUCUCAAUGGAAGAAGAAUCUCUGAUCCUCAAGUGUUUUCUAAAGAAGUUCAGACAGAAGCAGCAGACAAUGAACCACCUGAUUACAAGAGCCUCAUUCCUUUGGAACGAGCAGUCAUCAAUGGUCAGUUAUACGAGGAGAGUGAGGACCAGGACGAGGACCCUAAUGAAGAGGAAUCUGUGCUGUCCUUCAAAUGCAACCCAUCUACUCCCUGUCCCGUUAACAGGAAGCUAUGGAUUCCUUGGAUGAAAUCCAAGGAGGGCCAUCCUCAGAAUGGAAAAAUACAAACUAAAUCCAAUGGCAACUUUGUACAACCUGGAGAUCUAGUCCUAAGCCACACACCUGGGCAGCCACUUCAUAUAAAGGUUACUCCAGACCAUGUCCAAAACACAGCUACUCUUGAAAUCACAAGUCCGACCACAGAGAGCCCUCACUCUUACACGAGCACUGCAGUGAUACCGAACUGUGGCACCCCAAAGCAAAGGAUAACUAUCCUCCAAAAUGCCUCCAUAACACCAGUGAAAUCCAAAACCUCUACGGAAGGCCUCAUGAAUUUAGAGCAAGGCAUGUCCCCGAUCACUAUGGCAACCUUUGCCAGAGCACAGACCCCAGAGUCUUGUGGUUCUUUAACUCCAGAAAGGACAAUGUCACCUAUUCAGGUUUUGGCUGUGACUGGUUCAGCCAGCUCUCCUGAGCAGGGACGCUCUCCAGAACCAAUUGAAAUCAGUGCCAAGCAUGCGAUUUUCAGAGUCUCCCCAGACCGGCAGUCAUCAUGGCAGUUUCAACGUUCAAACAGUAAUAGUUCAAGUGUGAUAACUACUGAGGAUAAUAAAAUCCACAUUCACUUAGGAAGCCCUUACAUGCAAGCUGUGGCCAGCCCCGUGAGACCUGCCAGCCCCUCAACACCACUGCAGGAUAACCGAACUCAAGGCUUAACUAAUGGGGCACUAAACAAAACAACCAAUAAAGUCACCAGCAGUAUUACUAUCACACCAACAGCCACACCCCUUCCUCGACAAUCACAAAUUACAGUAAGUAAUAUAUAUAACUGACCACGCUCACCCUCAUCCAGUCCAUACUGAUAUUCUUGCAAGGAACGCAAUCCUUUUUUAAUCAUCCCUUCAUAUCCCCAAAAAGACUGACUGAACUUGUACUUUGGGAAGGUUUGUGCAUGAAUUAUACAAGAGUAUCUGAAACUAACUGUUGCCUGCAUAGUCAUAUCAAGUGUGCACUUACUGUAUAUCUUUUCAUUUACAUACCAGUAUGGAAAAUAUUUAGUCUGCACCUGUAAAAAUACAUCUUUAUGUAUUUCAUUUUCCAUAACUCACUUUAAUUUGACUGCAACUUGUCUUGGUGAAAUACUUUAACAUUAUAAAGCAGUAAAUAAUUUGUUGUUUUUA